AUGGAAGCCGACCCAGGCCUUUUGCUAGCUCGAAAUUGCGAUAUUAUCAAUCUGUCGAAUGACUCACUUUCGCAAAGUGAGGAUGGUUCCCCUGUACUCGAUGAAACGCUGGAUUAUGCACUCUCCGCAUACAGAUUCCGUCGAGUUGCGUCGAAAACAAUUGUGUCAUUCCAUUCCAAAGAUCCCGAAAAUCCAGUCAAUUGGAGUAAAAAUAAAAAGCGGUUCAUCUUUACCGCAGGGAUUGUAACUGUCCUGAAUAGUACCCUCUGUGCCUCCUUACCCAGCGGUGCAAUGCCAUUUAUUUCCAAAGAGUUCAACAUAACAAGCAAGGAGCAGUUGGUCCUCCCUAUAUCCUUGUUCCUUGUUGGCUAUGUUUUUGGCCCGAUCUUCUGUGGCCCUAUGUCGGAAUCAUACGGGAGGAAAGCCAUGAUGAUAAUCCCAUUCUUUAUUUUCAUGGUCUUCACAAUGGGCUGUGCACUCUGCCGAAAUUGGGAAUCUCUGUUAGUCUUCAGAUUGAUUCUGGGUGUCGCAGCAGCUGCUCCAAUUGCUAUUGUAGGCGGCCUAUUUGCCGAUAUCCACAGCGAUCCAAGGGAGCGAGGUCAAGUCAUGGCAUACUUUAUGGCUGUGACUACCGUUGGUCCACUUAUCAGCCCCUGGCUGUCAGGUUUUACAGCACCAAUAAGUUGGAGGUGGCCUUUUUGGAUAUCACUUAUCUUUGCAGCCCUUUCCGCUCCACUGUGCUUUUUCAUGCCUGAGACGUACGCCCCUGUUCUCUUGCAGCGGAGAGCUCGAGCUUUACGCAAGAGCACAGGCAACGGCAAUAUUGUCGCUCCAUUUGAUAUCCAAAAGCGAGGGUUAAGAGUGAUACUCACUGUCACCCUAACACGUCCGCUUCGUAUAUAUGGCAUGAAUACUGGUGUCAGCGGCCUAAUGUAUCUACCCAUCGCCAUUGGUGCAUUUUUCUCUUGUGCGGUAUUUAGCUGGUGA